AUGCCACCCGCCAGCAAGUCGCGACGGUCGAACAUGAUCCGUGACGACUCGGACGACGAACAAGACGCUCCACCUCGUCGCGCUUCUACCUCGCGCCGUGGGCAGCAGCAAGGUACAGGCGGCGCAGGCCAUGACGACGACGACUCGGAAGGCGAGAUCGAUCCGUCCAAAGUCGACCUCGGCGAUGUGUUGCCGCAGUACUUGAACCAGCCUCUGCAUGCGCAGCAGUCCGAGGCUCGGCUCAAGCUGUUGGUUCAGGACUUGAAAGGGUUGAGGAACCAGUUGAUCACCACGGUCGAGUUGCUCGAGGAGGUCGGCGCCAACGUCGCUUCCGAGAAGGGGCACGAGAGGGAGGCCGAUCUGGGCGAUGAUGAAGUACCAGAAGAUCCGGUGAGUAGGGGAUCAUGGAAUGAGGUGCGAGGAAGCCAUAGCGCUGACCAUUCGCCAUUAUUCGCUGGCUUACGCGUCGCAACGCGUCACCGACCCCGUCGAUAGGAAGAGAUCAGGGGCAUCGAGAAGCAGUACCGUCACUUGCUCGACAAACUUGCUGAAAUCGAUAUCCGAACCAAGACGCUCUCGGAAAUGAGGCAGAAGCUGGCCCAACGACAUGUCUUUGUGAGUUGCGCGCGGUGGGGAAGUCGGUGAUGAAGCGGUUGAUCGUCGUACUCAACUCGCGGCGCAUCGUACGACGUUUUAUCGCAGACAAACCUCUACGACCAAUACGAGCAGGAAGUUCAGAUGUUACUCGAGGCGUACGGACUGCAGACACCGAGGCAAAAGUACCUCGACAACCAGCUGUGGAAAUCGUUCCGCGCACUGCUUUGGGUGAGCGAACAAGAGCACAACAUCAACAGGGCGAGGCUGUUUAGGCACCUUCGAGCGAGAAUCUGAUGGUCUCGACGUUUGAUACUCGCUCUCAGGAACAACUGUACGAUGGAAAGCCGGUACCGAAUCUCAAGAGAUUCAUUCCUUCGCGUGAGUGCUGGCUCUGAUCGCUGACUCUGAGUGGUCGCCCAUCACGAAAUGAGCUGACACAGCUCUCAUGCUUCAAAAUCAAAACUUGUAUUUGCGCAUGCCUCGGUUCUAUCCCGACUCUUCAACACCACAGAGGCAGGGGACGAAGACGACUCGGACGACGAGAUCGAAAUUGGCGCCCAAUCAUCCGACUUCAAGUGCCCGCUCACUUUGACCUUGUUGACCGAUCCGGUCACGUCGUGAGUACUCGAUGCACGUCAUCCCGAUUCUCGAGUCCAGUUCUGAUGCUUCUCAAACUCGGCCCUCGUUUUUCCUUUCGCGACUUCAGUAACAAAUGCCCGCACUCGUACUCGCGCGCCGCGUUCGUCGAAUUCGUCGCAAAGGGCAAGCAGAACUGCCCCGUCCAUGGCUGCCCCGUCAAAGACAUGACGAUGGAGCAUGUACACGAAGAUCUCGGACUUAAGCGACGCGUCGAGGCGCACAAGCGGCGCGUCGAGCAGGAGAGGCAGAAUGGGGGCGCCUCGAUGGGCAAUGGCGGAAAUGGGGCUGGCACGCAGAGAGGGAGGGCCGCGACGCAGUGGGAGACCGUUGAGAGUAGUGAUGAGGAAUAG